ACUCUCUAUGUUGGCUCUUGCCAGCUGACCUGUACCCAUCCUCCUGUCUCUCAGAGCAGAACUCAGGUGCGCGGGGGAGAACCUUCUCUGUUGUGCUGGGCCUCCUCAGGACUGGCACAGGGCUGGAGAAGCACCUCUGUGCCUCCAAAAUCACUCUCUUCCCAGGCAAAGGCAGGCUGUCUCCCAGCACCCCACCUUGUCUUCCUCAUGGGGCAGGAGAGCAAUGACAGGAAGAAGUGUGUUGGGACCAUGCUGGUUGUUUUAGCCCAGGUUGGCCGGCAGGUGGGUUUUCAGAGACUUGAGCUCAGCUAGCUGGGCUCAGUUUAGUCACUCAGCCUGCAAGGUGUUGCAACGGCAGUAGGCUGAGGUAUCUCCAGGUUAACAAAAGUUCCUUUAGCAGUAAAUAAUGGUGGGUUGUUCGUUUUAAUAUCUGAUGCCAAGUGCCUCAGAGACAUGAGACACAAUACCCUUGGACUUCUUUAAUGUGCAGAGGUGACUCUGAUAUAUUAAUGCUGGCAUGUUAUAGACCAAGGCUUGCAGAUCUCUUGGUUUAAACCGUUACCUCCUGGGCUAAAAAUCUGCAGUGUGAAUUCUGCAGCUAGGAUGGGAUAUCCCAGAAGGAAAAAGUUCUCUUGCAAAAUCUUCAGAGACUUCCUGUUUCUGGUUAGACUGAAGAUGUCCUGAGGGAAAAAACCUGCUGCUGUAUGUUCUGGUGCUCCUGUGGUCAGUCUCAGUUUAAGAGGUUGUUAUGUAUUCCAGUUCCUAGGCCACAAGAACAAUUUAAGGUGAAUAAUGAAUAAAUGAAUUGCAGGUCCUUAGGUGGAAUGGGGGUGAAUAUCAUCCUUCAGGUUUCUAAAAGUACUUUGGGAAAUUGUUCAAUGCAAGGUAUUGCAUGCUUCUUUUUCUAUUUUGUGAUGCUGGGUUUAGUUCCCCUUGGCUCCAAAUCAUACGAUAUUAUAUCUGCUGCUUCACUAGCUGAACACAGUGCUUGAAGCCAGUUCUCUGGAAGGAAUGCUUGCAGAAAGGGAAGCUUUCAAAAUUUGCUUUGUAUGCAUAUUUGUGCGUAAGUCUUCUAAAAUCUCUCCAUAGGAGCGUUUGCUCCAGCAACACAGCUGUCUGAGUGUCCAUGGGAAGCUAAGACAAAAGGAGUAUGGAUGCAGUGGAAGCAAGUUGGCUGAAAAGCUCAGAAGGAUAUUUAUUGCAGGAAAAAGAAACCACUUGGUGCUUACACAGUCCCAGAGCUGCUGCAGGCAGUGCAGAGCUUUCUUAAGCUGUUGCUCUCUGCUUAAACAGGGAGCAACAGAUCCCUGCCCCAAGGAUGUUACAUGCUCCUUUUACUAAAAUGACCUCUCUUCCCUGCAAAAGGACAAAUGGGAUGGGAGCCUGAUGGGGUUGGUAGCAGAGCACCUGGACUGGGUGCCUGUCAGGAACUCUGAGGGCUGCCAUUGUGUGUUGUAGGAGCUCGAGUAUAAGAGGCAGUGCCAAUUUGUUUUGGCUCUAGUGGCAUUGAUGGCGAGAAAUGUGCAUCAGGGAGCGUGUGGGACGUGCUCGAGCUUCUUUGCCCUCCUUGUGGGCAGUGUGCCAGCACAGAGGUGAGAGCCAGACUUUUUCCUUGCUUUCUGCUCUGCUGCUCUUGAGAGGCUGCUGCCCUGUGUCCAGUCAUCUUCCCUGAGCAGCCAUUAGAUGUGAGGAUGGCGACUGCACCUUGUGCCUGUGCAGAGUGUUGGAGGCUUGCUGGGCAAAGUCCAAACCACACUGCAGCAUGUUGCCCCUAUGGAAACGCACCGUUGUCAAGUUUGCAGAGGUUUUGGGCUGUGGUGUCUCUAGAUGUGUGUGUGAAAGCCAGAUGGUGUUUUGGAAAGCGAUCAUUUUUCAUUAACUUCUGUGCCUAGCAAAGGCAGUAAAUCUUUCACCCUGAGCCCUGCAGCAGCAAUACCAUUUUAGCUCUCUCAGGUCCACUCUGGCAGAGAGAAUAGCUAGCAGGUUGUACUUUCAUGCACAGCCAUAGAGCCAGGGCCCUGCCAAGUGCAGGGAUGUGUUCACUGGUUGUAAUGUCAGCGAGUCUGAACAAGCUUGUAUAUCUGAAGACUGUGCAUCAGUCUGCAUUCAGAAAUAUAUCCUUCUGCUGUUCUUUAAAUCAUGAGUGCAGGGGAAAAGGGUGUAAAGAUCUCUGUCAGAACUGUGUUAUCAGCUUUCAAAUACCAGAAUGACGUUACUUUUUAUUUUCUUUUUAGUUGACAGAAGGACAGGUUAGACAGAGCCCUGUGAAUUAAUGUGUUGAGUUUAGUGUAGUUUAGAAAGCCUGUGGUAAUACAGACAUACUGAGAUAGUCUUUGAGAAAUACACCUCAAAUAUGGAUACACUGGCCUGGAAUAGAGCAUUUAUUUGCAAAAUUCAGCUUUUUCUGGUAAUGUCACUGUAAUUUAUCCUGGUACUUUUAGGGAGAGCAGCCACCUUCCUUAGUGAUGCCAGUGUUUUAGGGUGCAAGCCUGGGAUGUGAGGGCAGCCAUGUUUGAUUCUCCUCUACACCACAGAUUUCCCCCCAGGUUGGGGCAAGUUGCUCUUUGCCUCAGCUCUCCACCUGCAAAACUAAAUGGCACUUCCCUGCCUCCUUGUGGUGUUGAGGAUAGGUCUGCUGGAGAUCAAGAGAGACCAUAGAUUUGCCAGCCCUCAAAAACCUCUUAAAUGAGGCCCACAGUUGGUUUCAGCAGAGAGCCUCCUGCAGCACUGACAGCCCAGUGGGCGGCUCCUGUGGUUGCCUCUGGGGACGGAUGCCCCUGCUUGCCAGCUGGAUGGGGGCUUUGUAGGGAGUGCAGUGCAGGAUGCUUUUGACUUGGAGGGCAGGCUGGUGUGCAGCUACAGCAAAGGCCCUCUCUGAGCAUGACCCUCAGGGAGCCUGGCGUAGGUAGCAGCAGUGCAGCUGCAGCGAACUUCUGGCUCCAGCCAGUGGUGGUACAGAGAGGCCAUUGUAAUCCUAUGUACUGUAGAGUGUACAUCUCAACAGGCUAAGUGGCUCCAGGGUUGGUUGUUUUUCUUAUUUUCCCCCUCCUCCUCUCCAUCCCUUGAAAUCUACUUUAUGAAGUUCCUCCCCUUAAAUUGAAAAUUUGGCCUUAUCUUCAAAGAAGCCCUUUAGUGCCAAGCUUUUAAAGGUGGGGAGGAGGCGAGAGCAAAAACAUCACAUCCAUUAACAGCCCAGUUGCCAGAGAAAAUGUUUUUUAAAACAUAAUCUGAAACCUUAGUGUUUGGGAGCCAAAGGCAAGAUUGAAUACAAGUAUGGGCCUUGUCCCUAGAGAGUCGCAGCGCUGGGAGUAUGCUGGCACAAAGACAGACCAUGGAGUGAGGAUUCUUGUGCAUGCACGCACACAAAUAGACAAUUAUUUGGAAGCCAGUAGUGUUCUGGAUGCUGAAGAAAUUUAAUCUAGUGCCUUCUGUCCCAAGUUGCUCCCCGAGCUGUAGCUGAUGUGGAGAGCAUUUUCAUUGCUCCAGCACUUCUCUGGAUGGCAGAGCAUCCUGCUGGAGCAGGAAGAUUCCUGCUAUUUGUUGGCCAUGGGUGGUAAAAAGAACUGUCUGGUCCAGCUUCUUUAGAGCCUGCUUCUGUCAGUGAGAGAUUUCUUUGGGACCCCUGAAUGGUGAUAGGCAUAUGAUUUUUCUGUUUUAUUUCUCCAGAAGAAAGCUGCUUGUUUAACAAACCCAAGCACUGUCAGAUUGAAGGGUUGGGUUUGAAUUCCAGUGUCAGGAGAUGUUUUCAGAAACAUGCUGGGUGGAAUAUUUCAAAAACACCUGGGCAGUAUUUGAUGAUGCAGUGGGGAGUCAAUGAGACUUGAGACUAGCUCCCCCUCUUCACUUUUCAGUACAGGGUCACGCUUGGUGGGUUUUUGGGACAGUCCCACUGUCACCAGUGUUACAGCUACCCAGAUUAGCCCUGACCACCUACUCCUGCAUGGAAGUGGACCCUGUUUUGAAAGGGGCUAUUCAGGCAUAUCCUGGCUUGCAAGCACUUGAAGUGCAGCUUCUAAGCCAGAGUCAUCUGGGCAGAAAGAGGGCAAGAUGGCCCCAGUUGUCCAGUUGGCAAUGGGGCUUGAAUCCAGUGAGGAACACCUCAUUACUAACUUCUUCUGGGCAUGGCUAGCCAGACCACAGCAGAGCUGUGGGACCCUUGCAGGAGGAGGGCUUGAUACCUACUAGCUCUUGAGUCCCUCUGGGGACUUCCAUACCCCUCAACUGGCCAAGCAGGGUAUCAGGCUUGUAGCUGUCAGGAAUUUCUGCAGCUGGAGGCUUGUAGGGUGAGACAAGCCUGUGAGAAGCUGGUACAUGAAGAACUCCUCAGAGAGGCACGCCAGCUGCUUUAGAUGUGUCCAUCAUCACCUUUUGUCACUCCAACUUUACCUUUGGGGUGUCUGGGACUGGUCUGAAGGGAAAAGGUGUCUGCUUUCCAGCAGAUGAGGAGCUGAGCUCCUGGUUCCGUGCCAGCUUGUGCCUGAACAUCUUUGUAAUGCCAUAGAGAAAGAGUCCAGGGCCACACAAGGACUGGUUGCCUUUGAGGACCUUGCUGCUCUGGUGCUUGAGGUGCUGUAAAUGUUGCAAGAGUAGUUCAGCUGUUGUCACCCCAGCUCGAUAUCCUGUCAGAGGUGGCUGCCCAGGCAGCAGAGAGGAGGAAGGUCUUGGAAUCUUUAUCAACUAUGCCAGAUGACUGUGCAGCUGCAACUAUGCAACUGCAACUAUGCAGCCCAUUAGUUUGAUGAUGGAUGCUGGGAAAGGGAGGUCGGUACCAAGAUAUAGAGCUGGAGCUGCUGGAGCCUGGGUGUGUUUUCUGACCCUAGUCACCUCUUGGUAGGGGGAUGGGGAGCCAGUUUCAGGAAUUCUUAGGGAAGAGUGAUCUGGUUUACAUGGCCGCAGCAAGACAAGCCAGCCCUGUGUCUCACAGGACAGGAACCAGUCUACUCCAGCUCCCACUAGAGCUGGCUGUGCUUGCCUGGAGGGAAAUGUGCAAUACGGGCUGUGGAAUCCUGCUGAUGGCAUCAUGAAGCCUGUGGUCUUUUCUGGAAGGAAGGGUCUGCUACUUACAUCAUGUAGCAAUUUAGGCAGGAACAUAGUUGCUAAAUAUACAGUUGUCCUGUUUUCCUCACAAUUGCCUGGGCUGCAGUUUUGGGGAGAAGGGAAUAGGAGCACAAAGAGACCAACAUCAAGAGCAAGUGGCAGGCUGUUUUUAUCAUUGAUGCCUGGCCCUAUAAUCUCCCUGGGGAUAGCUUUGGAUAUCCCUAAGCUCUGAGCCACUUGAAAGAACCACCUUUAAAAAAAUUUCCCAAACUAGUGACCAAGCCAACAAGUGCAAAUUUCAUCAGCCACAAAAAUAUGAGUAUAACCCAGUUUUAGCAUAGUUUUAGCACUGAAGUACAGGUUUCUUGACUCUCUGGAUUAAACCCUGAGAGAGGCCUGCUAUGCCAUCUUCCCCCAUCACCAUAUUCCAAAACCUAAAUUGCUGUUUGUAUUUCAGUUGUGUCUACAAGUUUUAACCAAGAUUGGAACAUGACAGAUACCAUGUUAACUUGUAGUGGGAGACUGUUCCUACAUUCCCAUUCAAACCAGUGAGGCAAAUGUGAAAGAGGAGAUAAAAAUAGAGCAUGAAAAGGACGUGUACCUUAGAAUGACUCAGCAGGUCAGGACUGCAGCAAAGUACAGACCCCACCAUGGCAGAUAGUCACAUGUUCCAUCUUCCACUGUGCCCUGCUCAGAAGAGGUCAAAGUCGUCGAGUGUCAGUAAACCUUGACUGAAAGGUGUCUGCCUUGAAGCUGGAAGUUGUCAUGGCAGAGUCUCAUCUUCCUUAGCUUUCAGCUCACAUUCAGUGGCUACAUGUGAGCCAGUGAGUGAUUUCCCAAAGGGGCACUUGGCACUGCAGGUGCUGUUGGUACCAUCCUGCCUCUGUGCAUGCCUUACAUUGGGGCAGGCAGCGGGUCUUGCGGAGCUGGGGAGCUGCAGGUGGAGAGCAAGGGCUUGUGGCUGAAGGGAAAGGAAAGGAGCCAGUUAUGUCUUUAAUUCUCUCCUAUCAGCCAGUUUUCAGUUGCGGCAUCAUGCUUUGAAAGGUAGCUAGAAGAGGAGAGUGCCAGUGUAAUAACAAUGUUUUGCUUGCAGCGUGCAAUCUCGAGUUAAACCAUACCAUUACAUAAAUACUGUGUGCCUUCUUUCCACAGGGGGUCUGGGACUGUGCUUCUCCUGCUCUGGAGGCAUUGCCUUGCAGUGCACAAGCCAAGAAUAAGCUCUAACAGAUGCUGCUAAGGCCAAGUCCAUGGCUUGCAUUGUGCCCAGGUGCAAGAGGAGAUGUUCAGGUCAGCAAAGAGGUACCUUACACUGUAAGGAGGUGCAGGAGUAGCAGAGAGGGACAGCAGGGUUACAAAGAGCUGCUCUUCCUGAGUACACUGAGCCCAUGUCUGGGGACAUACAGGGGUACUUGAGUGCUAAUCUGACCCCUGCAGGCACAGGCAGCCCAGUAGGGAGCAGCUGUGUGGACACCAGUGGCAGGACAUGAGCAAAACUUGGCUUGAUGCAUUAACUGGGAACUAUCUCUCAAAGAGGAUAGGAUUGAUUUGAUAAAACCUGAGCAGGUUCUUUCCCCCCUGCUUUCUUGUGAGUUAGAGCACUGUUUGGGGGAGCGGGUGGGGAUUCAGAUGCAUCCUCUUCUGUUAUCUAUUUGCAGAAAGCUGCAGGCAAUCUGUCUUGGGGGGUUGCUCAUGGCCAUGCCCUUCUGCUGUCUGAUUAACAGCCUGAACUGCAGUCAGAGGCUUUUUGCUCAGAGGAAUGCUUUGAAACACUGGUUUUAAUGGCACUGUGUUGCCAGAGGCUCUUUGUGUCUAAGUGAAGGGAUGACUCUUUGCUCUACUCUGCAGGAAGAGGAGCCUAUCUGGAGUAGGACUCUCCAUUUGGCAAGUGUUUUGAUCUGCUCUCUGCAAGCUAAAUAAUUGAAUUACAGAGAUCUCAGAUGAGGCGUUUGUGCCUUUGCAGUCAGUGCCUUAGGAGUAGAAGAGUGGUGGUAGAUGUCAGACAGCUGCACAGUUAUCUUCUCUGUUGAUCCCAGGUCACUCCCUGUGCCUGAAAGACUGCAAAGAGGCCCUAACAUAGCUGCUGCCCUCACUGCUGUCCAGCUGAAUUAGACAGGGCAUGGGAUGGAAAAGGCAUUAAAAAUGGGUUUGUGCCACCCAUCCCUCCUCAUGCUUACUGUGAAUAAUCUCUUCCUGUCUCCCAGCACACAGCCCCCUUUCAGUUUUGCCUCAGACCUCAUAAUGGGAAGGGAGAACAGGAUUGCAGCUGAGGAUUCUAGCAUGGCCCUGCUCCCUGCAUGCAUGCUGCCUCCCAAAAGAUGUAGGUGCCUCUGCCAGGUCCUUGCACCCCCUUUUGUCCCUGUUUCUGACUUUAAUUUCCCCUUCUCUGCCUGAGGUCCCAGUGCUGCCAGCAGCAGUUGCUGGGGCUGAAAAAGGCCUGUUGGGCCAUAUCCUGUGUGCCCUGCCCUUACUUGUUUUGGGGAAGGCUGAUAAGGAACAACUAGGGUGCCUCCUCAGGCACCAGCCCACUGCUGCAGAGAUGCUCCCAGCCCUCGCCAACCUGAGGCAAGUGCAGCGCGCUGCGUGUCGGAGCGGGUUCAGGAGCCCUUGCCCAGGCACGGUGGCUGCCUGCAGACACAGGCAGGGCUGCUGCCUCCCUACAGGUUAUUCUGGAGAAACGCCAUCCUCAAAGUGAGAUCCAUGUCUCCCCUUCUUUCCCCUCAGCUAGUGGAUUGUGGCUCAAGGGUUCAAAGGCAACAUUUUGAAGUCCCCACCAGCAUUUUUGAUCUCAUAGCAUUUUGCAGGUACGAGGGUUUUAUGCUGACUUGUCUCCUUACAGGCAGUCAAGGAAGCAGCAGACAUGGCAUGUGCUGAGGUGCCAGCAUCUGCAAGGGAUGUGUAGGAACCAGGCCAAAAAGGAUCAAAAGCUGUUAAUGAGCCACAGAUGGUCAGCUUUAUCUUGGAGCCUGGUGAUUUGGGCUUCUAGAGCUUUCUGCUGAAGAAAUAUGAGUAAAAGCUGGUAGCAGGCAAGAGCUGGGAAGGAAGACCCUAAAAUAAAGAUCCUUAGACAUAUGGGGACCUCAAGAGAUCAUCUCUGCUAGAGCUCAUUGUGUUUCUUCUGAAGGUCUCUUUAACUACUUGAACUACUUGUGCGCUACAAAAAAAAAAAAAAAAAAGACUAAUUUUCCAUGGAAGAAUUUUUUAGUCAAUAAGUAAGAUCAGCAGACAGUUUUCUGUGGCUGUUACAGAGGAGGAUCUCCAGAGGCUUUGCUUGAGUACAGAGCCCCAAAAGCCACGAUAGAUGUGUUCCUCUCUUGCACAGGGCAGGAUGCUCCCAACAGAUGUUUGUUAUUGUCAAAGCAAAGUAGAGAAACAGAAAAACUUCAGCUGGCAAGAAAUGCAGAGGGAAAUUAUAAUUGUUUCCCUGUUGUGCUUGCAGAGCAAAUUCUUGAAGCUGCAUUUUAACAUUUUAUGUUUAUAUAGCUUAUCUCUUUCAUGAGGAACUAUUAAAUCCUGCAGCACAUUGUGGAUGUGACUAUAUGAGAACAGCUUGUUUUACCCAUCCCAGGGCAGAAUGUGCCAGCUGCACAACUGGAUCUAAAAUUAUGGAGUGGCAUUUUCACAAAACUGAGUGCUCUUCUUCCUGAAAGAGUUUAUUAUAUUUUUCAAGUUAAGAAAUGGUGAUUGAUUUCCCUAAUGGUAAUUCUGAGAUUGUAUUUCCCUUAGAUAGGUGAGUUUUCACAGUUCUAGAGGGAGAGGAAAGACCUUAUUCCUUCCCACAUCUAAUGCUGCAUUUGUGGUCUGUAGCAAGUGGCAGUAUUUAAUGUAGUUUGGAGGGUAGGUACUGCCUGAGCUGAUCAACAGAUGGCUUUGCACUGAACAGUGAAAGGUUUUUCUGGGGGUAUUUAGUGCUGUGGGACAGUUAGAGAUUUCCCUUCUCAAAGGGACUGCUGACAGUCCCUGUAGGCAAUUAGAGAUAAAUGUCCUCGAGGCAGAGGAUGGCUUUUGCUGAGCACCUGAGUUCUUAAGGAGUCUGUACAAUAAAGGAAUCUAAUCCUCCUUAUGUUCCUGUACUGGACAGUAAUAUAAGGAUUUUUGGAAAAUCCAAAGAGUUCUAGAUUUAUAUUUCCUGGUAGACAAUCAAAUGUCAGGAGUUUGCUCUGUCCUCCCAGAACACUGCUGGGUGAGUCUUUGGAGAAGGCCAUCUGAUCUUUCCUGUGAAACAUUUGCUAAAACCUCUCAAGCAAAGGUGAUUUCUGCAUUGAAAAGACAUUCUAAAAUGAUAAAGCAAUUCACAACACAAAAGCUUCUUAGUCCUUUGCAGCAGAAGACAAGUUAGACUUCUUCAAUUAGAUUAUUAUUAUUAUUAUAUUAGACUUAGGUUUUAAAAAUGUUUUAGGCCGAGCACAAUGUGUUGAUAGAUGGAAGAAUAGAUUAGAAUCUCCUGUUGUCAACCCCAAAGCCCAGGAGCUGGUGUCAGUGUUUAUUCCUGGUCUUUUUACUGCUUACAGUUUUCUCCAAAAAUGACUAAACAUACAAAACAAAGGUUGGGUUUGGGGUUUGAGGUUUCUUUUUUUUUUUCUUUCCCCUCUUCUAGGCCAGACUCUGACCACAGUCAUGUAUUUGUUUUUUGGUUUUUUUUUCUCUCUUACUUCCAAAUGCAGUCACAUAACAAUAGCCUGGAAAAAAAAGUACUGGAAAUGAUUUGUUCAUGAAUUUAUUUCCUUUUUUGGGCUACAUGGAGUGGGUUAGCAUUUGGGUAAGAAGGCUGGGAGCUCCAAGCCAUCUCUUUCAGGAUUGAAGAGGAUUUAAAUGGGAACCAUCCUGUUAAAAUGAGAAGUACUGUAGAAAGGCAGUCUUUCUAGAGCAAGCAGCUCCAUGUGCAGAGCCUCACGCUUGGGGCACCUCUUCUCAGCUGAACUUUAUUUGCUAUUUAUGUCAUAGCUGCGUCUCAUACAGACACUGCUAAACAGGCUUUGUCUGCCACAGGCAGGCAGGGACCAACUGGAAGAGAAAUGCUCCUCCUGUCUUGGGCUUCUUCAGAAGUGGGUGAUUGUUUGCUUUCCUUAACAGUCUGCUAAUAGGAGGUAGUGGGUGGUGUUGUCCUUCUUAUUUAUUUUAAGUAGGAUGUCUUGACAGAUGGUGAUUUUGACUGCUGUCCUCAGCUGUAGAAACUGCUCUCUAAACCAAGCUAGCUAGCUAGCUUCUAACCUCCUAGCUAUGAUGGAGGCAUUGUGGCCGGAUGAUCUGUGAAAGAAGAAAGCCUAUCAGAGACAUCAAAUUCCCAACUCACUGUGUUCUAUCAUCCUGAAGAGCAGGAAGAGAAGUGUUUUACAGACAGGGUUAGGAAAUAAAUUUUUAAUGUCUGGAUCUUAGAGUCUUGGCAGGUGACACCUCUGAUUGCAAGGAAAAUUAAAAAUCACCAGGUGGGACAACAAUGAAUAUGUGACUGCUGUGCUGGUCGGGAGGGUGAUUGUUAAAAUAUCAAACAGUACAGGCAUUGAAAUAUUGAUAUUUUAUUGAGGUUUCAAUGGAUUUGGUCCUUACAGGAGAGAAAGCUGAAGCAAGUCAAGCUUAUUCGUACUGGAGAAGGAACAUAAUCUGAUAAAGGCCAGACUAGUCAGUAAAGUUUUCAGAUCGCAGGAAAUUUCCUCAAAUUAUUUAUUUAUUUAUGGCUCUGCUGAAAAAUUUUCAACCAGCUGUGUUUAAAAAUAUAACAGUAAUGAGAUACUUUAAAAAGGAGUUAAUCUCUCCCUCUCUUUGACAUGCUGCAGAGCACCAGCUGUAGCACAAGCAGGCCCUAGGGAAUCCAAGUGGCCUAGCCAUGCAGCCUGUGAGCCAAAGUCACACCUUGGGAAGCCAAACCCUGGAGGGAAGCACUGGCCUGUGGCAGGUCACAAGGAUGAUGACCAUCUGGCCAUCCUCCAGGAGCAGCAGGUUUAGCCUUUGCAGCUCUUCAGCUUGCCAAAUCUCCCCAGUACUAUUAGAUCCCAGCCACUUGUUCUCAGGGCAGCAAGACCUAGUUUUAUCUGAAGUACUGGGAAGCCUUGAACUGUCUCUGACACCCCCGAUGGGGAAAUGCUGGAAUGAGGAAGAAGGGAAACCAAGGGCUUUUGUACUGAAGGAACAAAAAACAUGCUCUGCACGUCCCUGGGUUCAGCUGUUACAGACUACAAACCAGACUAGGUUUCUUGUUUUGCUUUUAAGUGCUUCUUUAGCCAAUGCAUUUUUUUAAAUUAUUUUUUCUGUCUUUUUCGGAGACAGGGCCAGUCUGGGACUCUUCAUUUGGCCCAUCCAGCCUCUCCACAAAGCAUGCACAAGCCAUCUUCUCCAAGCUCAUUUCCUCUAGGAUUUCCUACAGCUUUGCAAUGGCCAAACCUUUGUGUUUGAUAUCAAGGUGGAAAUGGCAGGCCAGCUGUGCUGUGUCCUCCAGUCCUGUGCCAGCAGGGCUCAGUGCUGGGUGCAGAAAUUCUGUGAGAGUUACAGCUGUGAGAGUAGUAAAAAAAUGUGUGUGGUGAUUGGCAGAAAUUGUUUUGAGGAAGCAGAUGUCUCCUCCUCCGAUGAUGACGAUGAUGGCAUGGCACAUGCUAGACUGGAAAGGCAACACAUGUUAAUUUUGGUCCCAGGUGGAAGAUAGUGUGGAGAAGUCUUGUCUCCUCUGUGCCUACUGGUUUCAGCUUCAAGAUGCAUAUCACAACAGAAAAAUCUCCUCUCCCCUCUUUCCUUUUCCCACCACUGGUAGGUAAUCAAGAUUUGGUUUUAAUGACUUCCCUCUACUCUCUCUGUUUCCUGUCCCCUGCCCCACACAUGCCUUUUUUAUAUUUUUUCAAGCAUUUCUUUUUGGCAGAAGUUGAAACGCAAGAAGCAUUUGGACCAAGAUGAAAACAGUGGAGAAGCAUGUUGGGCAGUGCAGUGCUUUGUUCUGAGUUCAGGGGGAUGCGAGGGGGGGACGGGAUGUCAUUUCCCAGAUGGGGACCCUGCCAAAGAUGUUCUUGCUUCAGAAAGCAAUGAGUGAUUUUUGAGGCUGUACCAGAUUUAACCCUUUGUUAACCUGUCUCUCCCAUCCAGCAAAACAGCAAAGGCCUGGACCAAAAGUGGGAUGGUUUCAUGCUACGUGGCCCAGAUGAUAUGAAUGGUCUCAAGCCAAAGUCUGCUGUUGUGACUAAAUGCUGUCAGUGGUCUCAAGUGCUUCUUCUCCUGUUGGAAACCCUAAGGAGUGGAUGAGCAGUCUGCACUUGUUUAUGAGAAUCCACUGCCACCAAUCCACUGCAUCCCCUGAGGCAGCUUAUGGGACCCUUCCCUGGGCACUCCAGGUCACAUCACACGGGAUGGCAAUGACACGUGGAAGGAAGAGGCCCAUGUCCCCCAUCCCUUGCCUCAUGCUUGCGGCUGCCAGCUGUUUUGCCAAACUGAGUGAAUCUCUGCAAGUCACCGUGCAACCUGCUUCUAUUGUCCAAAAACUUGGAGGCCCAGUCAGCCUGGGGUGUGUGGUGGACCCCCCCCAAGUGAACCUCACCUGGAGACUGAACGGGAAGGAGCUGGCUGAAUCAGAUGAGGUGCUCGGUAUCCACGUGGAGCGAGGGAAGCUCAUCAUCACGGCUCUCAACAACCGCACCGUGGGGCGCUACCAGUGCAUUGCUCAUGUGCCUGAAGGAGUCAUUGCCAGUGUCCCUGCAGUGGUCACCUUAGCUAAUCUCAAAGAUUUCAAGUUCGACGGCCAGCAUGUGAUUGAGGUGGAUGAAGGGAACACAGCCGUGAUUGCCUGCGACCUGCCCGAAAGUCACCCCAAGGCUCAGGUCCGCUACAGUGUGAAGCAGGAGUGGCUGGAGGCUUCCCGAGACAAUUAUCUUAUUAUGCCAUCUGGAAACCUUCAGAUUGUUAAUGCCAGCCAGGAGGAUGAGGGGACUUAUAAAUGUGCUGCCUACAACCCCGUGACACAGGAGGUGAAAACCUCAGUCUCCAGUGAGAGGCUCCGUGUGAGACGCUCCACAGCGGAAGCAGCCCGGAUAAUUUACCCUCCUGAGGCUCAGACCAUCAUUGUCACCAAGGGCCAGAGCCUGAUUCUGGAGUGUGUGGCCAGUGGCAUCCCCCCACCACGGGUCACCUGGGCCAAGGAUGGCUCCGGUGUCUCUGCCUACAACAAGACGCGCUUCCUGCUCAGCAACCUCCUUAUCGACCCCACGAGCGAGGAGGACUCAGGCACCUACAGCUGCACGGCUGACAAUGGUGUUGGAGAGGCCGGGGCCGCGUUCAUCUUCUACAACGUGCAGGUGUUUGAACCCCCGGAGGUCACCAUGGAACUGUCCCAGCAGAUCAUUCCCUGGGGCCACAGUGCCAAGUUCACAUGCAAGGUGCGAGGGAACCCGCAGCCCUCGGUGAUGUGGCUGCGCAACGCAGUGCCGCUGUCGGGCAGCCACCGGCUGCGGCUGUCACGCCGGGCACUGCGCGUGCUCAGCGUGGGGCCCGAGGACGAGGGCAUCUACCAGUGCAUGGCCGAGAACGAGGUGGGCAGUGCCCAAGCCAUGGUGCAGCUGAGGACGGCCGGCCCAGGAGCUCCACUAAACCCUGGGCGAGAUGGCCAGCUGGAUUCGGCUCAACCUCCAACACCACCUUCCAGGGACAGCGCCUUAAAGCUGCCCUUGGAUACAGCUGGACUGCCAAAGCCUAGGACAACCCCUCUAGCAGCAUCUCCACAGUGUGCAGCCAACAAGGAUCUGGUGACUCCAGCCGAAGCCCCCAUCAUCCUCAGUUCUCCACGGACAUCCAAGACAGACAGCUAUGACCUGGUGUGGAGACCCCGGCCUGACAGCAGAGCCCCCAUUCUCUAUUACGUGGUGAAGUAUCGCAAGCAGGUCACCAAUGCCUCGGACAGCUGGGUCGUGAGGGAUGUCCCAGCCUCGCAGCAUCGCCUGACCCUCACCAGGCUGGACCCUGGGAGCCUCUACGAGGUGGAGAUGGCUGCUCACAACUGUGCCGGCGAGGGACAGACAGCCAUGGUGACCUUCCGCACUGGCCGGCGCCCAAAACCAGAGAUUGUUGCCAGCAAAGAGCAGCAGAUCCAGAGGGAUGACCCAGGCACGAGCACCCAGAGCAGUAACCAGGCUGACAACAGCCGUCUGUCCCGUGAUCACUCCUCAAACCUUGUGUCAUCCUACUUGAGCCAGGAGUGGAAAAGGAGCAAGAUCCAAGCAGGAGUAAAAGCUCCAGAGGCACCGGACCGUCCAACCAUCUCCAUGGCCUCAGAGACAUCUGUGUAUGUGACCUGGAUUCCCCGUGGUAAUGGCGGGUUCCCCAUCCAGUCUUUCCGCGUGGAGUAUAAGAAAUUGAAGAAGUUGGGAGACUGGGUCCUGGCCACCAGUGACAUUCCUCCCUCUCGCCUCUCUGUGGAAAUCCCAGGCCUGGAGAAAGGCACAUCUUAUAAAUUCCGUGUCCGGGCGCUGAACAUCCUGGGAGAGAGCGAGCCCAGCGCGGCGUCUCGGCCGUACGUGGUGUCUGGGUACAGUAACCGCGUCUACGAGCGCCCCGUGGCCGGGCCCUACAUCACCUUCACGGACGCCAUCAACGAGACCACCAUCAUGCUCAAGUGGAUGUAUAUCCCAGCCAGCAACAACAACACUCCCAUCCAUGGAUUUUACAUCUACUACCGCCCCACUGACAGUGACAAUGACAGUGACUACAAGAAGGACGUGGUGGAAGGAGAUCGGUACUGGCACUCCAUCAGCCACCUGCAGCCAGAGACCUCGUAUGACAUUAAGAUGCAGUGCUUCAAUGAGGGAGGUGAAAGCGAGUUCAGCAACGUGAUGAUCUGUGAAACCAAAGCUCGGAAGUCUCUUGGUCUGCCAGGUCGUCUUCCACCCUCCACAGUGUCCCCUCAGCAGCGUCCCCCACUCAGUGGUGGGCACAGUGGCCUGGGGACAGGAACCAUGGUGGCCCGUUCCAGCGACUUGCCAUACUUGAUUGUAGGCGUUGUGCUGGGAUCCAUCGUCCUCCUCAUUGUGGCUUUCAUCCCCUUUUGCCUUUGGAGAGCUUGGUCCAAGCAGAAGCAAACCAUUGACAUGAGCUUCCCAGGAGCAGGGCUGCUGGUGUCUUCCUGCCAGUACACCAUGGUGCCUCUGAGAGGCAUCCCUGCUCCUCGUGCCAAUGGACAUCCCUUUCUUAAUGGGCAGCCCUAUGCCAGCAGGGCACAUCUGAAUGGCAUCUGCACCUCCGCAGGAGUGGGGUACACAAGCACCAAGCCCCGAGAUUACAGCCCCGAUGAAAUGCCACAGUCAAACGAGGAGACCAACGCCUUGCUGCAGGCAAGAGUGGUGCAGAAUGGGAGUGCCCAGCAAGACUGCCAGCCCUCCAGAUUGCCCCGCUCCAGAACAGAAGACAACUCUUUCCUCUACAGUGUCCCAGAUGACUCCACUCACCAGCUGCUUCAGCCACAAGAUGACUGUCCUCACCUUCAAGAGCACUUUGCUGGCCUCCAUCAUCCAGUCAUAGGAAGCAAAGUGGGAGGCCCUAGCCUGGAUGCUCGACGGGAUACCCUCUUCCACCAAGGAAGCCCUUGCUGCUUAGGGCUAGUGCCAGUUGAAGAGGUAGAAAGUCUAGACUGCUGCCAGUCCAGAGGAGAUCUCCAUGCCCAGAGUCCGGUGAUCACAUCUUUGGGUCAGGACCUACCAAGACAUCUGAACAGCAGCCCUCCACCACUGAGACCCUUAGAGACUCAUCCUCCCACCAGCUAGAGACCAAGCUGCCUUUUGCAAAAGACUUAUUC